AUGGCCGCUAUCAGAUUCAAAGAAGUUAUAAGCUCUUUUAUAUUAAACCGCCUUGAGAAUCAUCCAAGCGUCAGUCUAGAUGACUUUGUGAAGGAAAACAAAGAUUUUAUCAUUCAAAACACAAAUCUGGGUGAUAACAUAGAGGUGAUAUGGACCAAAAGAUUUGGAACUACAGCAAAAGAGUUGAAAGUUAAAUUGACGAGAUCGACUGUCAAUUGGGGUUCGCUUGCCCUUGAGUAUUUAACCAAAUGCAAACAAAGCAGAGAUACAGUAUCCGAUUGUUCUACUUCUGAGGCAUCAUCUUAUUCUUAUUCUUCGUCAUUAUCGUUGUCAUCAUCAGCAGCAGCUUCAGCUUAUAUCAGUUCCAGAGAUUACAAACUGUCCAUCGAUGAUAAAGAGAAUAUCAAAAAGAUGUAUAACAGCCUAAAUACAGAAAAGAUGUGGAAGCUGAGUAGUGGAACAAUCGUUGAAAAGAUUAUGGAGAAAGUAGCACUCGCUUGCGAAUACGAGCAUCCGGCCCACUCACUAAUUCUCGACCCACAAGAAGCAUCAUGGUCUGAGCACUUUACGGUUGAAGAACUAAAAGAAAUAGCGGCACACAAGGCGCCAAAGUUUCAAGACUUCCCGAAAGAAAUGGAAGAAUAUAUCAAAUCCUACAAAACGUUGUAUGAUAUUGAAGAGCUCUGGGACCACAAUCAGGCGCAUACAUUCCACCCAAAGAAGCAAGCAGACCUGUACUGGUUGCAUCAAUCGAUAAUAAAUACAUUAGAGCUAUAUUUUUACAACUUGCUGGAUAAAGGACCCGAGAAUUCCGAAAGUGAUUUAAUUCAUAGAGUAUGGCGACCUAUCUACUCAUGUUUCAAUUGUACCUCAAUAAGUGUAAACAGCGGUGAGGUGAUGAGUAGUGCGUCAUCAAGAAGGAAGAAUGCCAACCGGGUUCUUCCUACAAUUACUCCAAUAGAGCGAAAGAAGCUUGGAACUCGAGUGGAUCUCUUGUUCCGCACCACGGUGGUUGAGCUGGGAACCGCCGAGUUCAAAAGGAACGAAGAUGAAGGCAGCCAAUGCCUGAGAGAAAUAGGACUAAAGUGCCCUAAAGCAAUGAAAGAUAUGAUGGUAGCUUUGUUGGAGACCGCACCCACAGAGCUUGGAAAUAUAUCUACCCAUGGAUUCCAAGUGUCAGGUUUAUUAAUGAACCAGUUGACCCUGACAAUCCCAGAAGGAUACGUGUGUAGAGUAUCGCGCCUCUCACAGCCACUACGAUAUCCAGAUAGUCCAAAACAGUUUUUCCGAUACUUGUAUCCAAUCCUCAAAGUUAUCUGGAAUGUCAAGUUGAGAAUGGCUGCCACUCUGGAGAGAGUGAAUGAGGAGCAAGGCGAAGUUCCUUUAUCCUAUGAUUACCAACCGCAAACCUCUGAAAUGACUAUUCCUUCAUGUUUUAGCCCUAAUCCCACCAAGAAAAGAAAAUUCAAUAAAUAA